GACGUCACACGGCACGGCCGGGCGCUGGCAGGCGGAGUUUGGCUGCGCGGGGUUUAGCGGCUCUGUGGCUGCGCGACUGCGCGCGUAGGGUUACGGCUUUGAAAUGCAGCGGGAUUUGGUGAGUUUUCCGCUCUCUCCCGCGGUGCGGGUGAAGCUCGUGUCUGCGGGUUUCCAGACUGCAGAGGAACUACUAGAGGUGAAACCCUCCGAGCUCAGCAAAGAAGUUGGGAUAUCAAAAGAGGAAGCCUUAGAAACUCUGCAAAUUAUAAGAAGAGAAUGUCUCACAAAUAAACCAAGAUAUGCUGGUACAUCUGAGUCAGGCAAGAAGUGUACAGCACUGGAACUUCUUGAGCAAGAGCAUACCCAGGGCUUCAUAAUUACCUUCUGUUCAGAACUAGAUAAUAUUCUUGGGGGUGGAGUACCCUUAAUGAAAACAACAGAAAUUUGUGGUGCACCAGGUGUUGGAAAAACACAAUUAUGUAUUCAGUUGGCAGUAGAUGUGCAGAUACCAGAAUGUUUUGGAGGAGUGGCAGGUGAAGCAGUUUUUAUUGAUACAGAGGGAAGUUUUAUGGUUGAUAGAGUGGUAGACCUUGCCACUGCCUGCAUUCAGCACCUUCAGCUUAUAGCAGGAACACACAUUAGAGAGGAACACCAAAAAGCUUUGGAGGAUUUCACUCUUGAAAAUAUUCUUUCCCAUAUUUAUUAUUUUCGUUGUCAUGACUACACAGCGCUACUGGCACAAGUUUAUCUCCUUCCAGAUUUCCUUUCAGAACACUCCAAGGUUCGAUUGGUGAUAGUGGAUGGUAUUGCUUUUCCUUUUCGUCACGACCUAGAUGACCUAUCUCUCCGUACUCGGUUACUAAAUGGCCUGGCCCAGCAAAUGAUCAGCCUUGCAAAUAAUUACAAAUUAGCUGUAAUUUUAACCAAUCAGAUGACAACAAAGAUUGAUAAAAAUCAGGCCUUGCUGGUUCCUGCUUUAGGGGAAAGUUGGGGACAUGCUGCUACAAUACGGCUUAUCUUUCAUUGGGACCGAAAACAAAGAUGGUAUUUCCAAAGAACUCAGGUUGGCAACGUUAUACAAAUCACCAAGCCAGAAGGAAUCCACAGUACUGUUUCAAAUCACACCUCAGGGAUUCAGAGAUGCUGUUGUUGCUACCGCAUGUUCAUUGGAAACAGAAGGUUCAUUGAAUUCCCGGAAACGGUCACGAGAACCAGAGGAAGAACAAUAAUCCAAAAACUAAUCUCAAAGUAUACAAAUGUAUUUAUGCUGUGAAAUCAAUGUGUAGAAGUAAUAGACUCAUUACUUUAAAACAUAAACACACACAUGACCGAGUCAGGAUUAUA